CCCCUCUCCCCCCGGCCGGGAGCCGCCAUGAAGCGGCAGAACGCCCGAACUUUGGCCCUGAUCGUCAGCAUCCUGACCUACUUGGUGGUGGGGGCGGCCGUCUUCCAGACGCUGGAGUCCAAGGAGGAGAGGAGCCACAAGAGGCGGCUGGAGGGACGGCGGCAGGACCUGAUGCGCAAGUACAACCUGAGCCGGGUCCACUUUGAGGAGCUGGAGCACGUGGUCCUGCACCUGAAAGCCCACAAGGCUGGGGUCCAGUGGAGGUUUGCCGGCUCCUUCUACUUUGCCAUCACUGUGAUCACCACCAUAGGUUACGGCCACGCCGCCCCCAGCACCGACUCAGGGAAAGUCUUCUGCAUGUUCUACGCCCUCCUGGGCAUCCCGCUCACCUUGGUCAUGUUCCAGAGUCUGGGCGAGCGCAUCAACACGCUGGUCCGCUACCUGCUGCACCAAGCCAAGAAGUGCCUGGCCAUGCGGCACACCGAGGUCUCCAUGGCCAACAUGGUCACGGUGGGCUUCUUCUCCUGCAUGAGCACGCUGUGCGUGGGGGCGCUGGCCUUCUCCCACAGCGAGGGCUGGAGCUUCCUGCACGCCUUCUACUACUGCUUCAUCACGCUCACCACCAUCGGCUUCGGCGACUACGUGGCCCUGCAGAGGGACAACGCCCUGCAGAACGACCCCCGCUACGUGGCCUUCUGCUUCAUCUACAUCCUGACCGGCCUGACGGUGAUCGGCGCCUUCCUCAAUUUGGUGGUGCUUCGCUUCCUGACCAUGAAUGCCGAGGACGAGCGGAGGGACGCCCGGCACAGGGCGCUGCAGAGCCGCGCCGCCAAGCCCAGGGGGGAGGUGGCCUGCCUGGUGCCGCUCUCGUCGACGCCCUCCACGCCCGGGACCAACGCGGCGCCCAAGACCAAAGACGGCGUCUACACAGAGGUGCUGCACUUCCAGACCUUCUGCUCGUGCUUGUGGUACCGCAGCAAGGACAAGCUGCAGGGCUCCGCCUCCAACCCCCAGGAGCUGGCCUUCUCCGAUGUCUACUUGCCACAGGACGGCCCCCGCAACACCGAGACCACGUCCACGGGAUGCGUGUGCACUCCGCGGCGGCGCUCUGGCAAGAGGUCCAUCGGGAGGGGCCUCAACAUUCUCGCUCCGCUCCGAAUGUUCAUGAGACGCAGCUCAGUGUAGCCUACGGACAUGUCAGACUUGGUCAAAGAAUUCCACUUUGUGGUGCUAAAAAAGCAAAACAUCCCAGUGAUGGACCUUCAACUUGUUUGACUACAGGUCUUCGUCAGGGGUGGAGACCGGCCGAAUCUCGGUCGGUCUCAAGAGUCUGGCAAAUGUUAGGUUGCCACACCAGGGUUUUGUUUUGCAAGCAAACCUCCCUGCUUCAAGGCAGGAUGCUGCUUUGUUCUCUGAUUGACUGCAGUAAAACAAGGACUGUCUUUAUUCCAGUACUGUAGCAGUAAAUACUUAGAAAUGGUUCAAAUGCCAGGGUACACAUGCUUGUGAAGUCCAUCCAUCCAUCCAUCUACUUCCCUCUCCCCAGCCACUUCGUCCAGCUCCUCCUGGGGGAUCCCGAGGCGUUCCCAGGCCAGCCGGGAGACAUAGUCUUCCCAACGUGUCCUGGGUCUUCCCCGUGGCCUCCUACCGGUCGGACGUGCCCUAAACACCUCCCUAGGGAGGCGUUCGGGUGGCAUCCUGACCAGAUGCCCGAACCACCUCAUCUGGCUCCUCUCCAUGUGGAGGAGCAGUGGCUUUACUUGAGUUCCUCCCGGAUGGCAGAGCUUCUCACCCUAUCUCUAAGGGAGAGACCCGCCACCCGGCGGAGGAAACUCAUUUCGGCCGCUUGUACCCGUGAUCUUGUCCUUUCGGUCAUAACCCAAAGCUCAUGACCAUAGGUGAGGAUGGGAACGUAGAUCGACCGGUAAAUUGAGAGCUUUGCCUUCUGGCUCAGCUCCUUCUUCACCACAACGGAUCGAUACAGCGUCCGCAUUACUGAAGACGCCGCACCGAUCCGCCUGUCGACCUCACGAUCCACUCUUCCCUCACUCGUGAACAAGACUCAGAGGUACUUGAACUUGUGAAGUGCCACACUAAAAGAAACCGUCCAACAGUUUCAGAGCUAAAGUGGAACCUUGAAAGCUGAACGCAACCCAUUUUGCUUUUGCAGACUUCAAAGGAUUAUAUCCUCCUGAAAACCAGCGUCCUCUGCAGUGGUCAUUUGUUUUUGUUUUGUCUAUCACCCAUUUCAGGUGGGGUGGGGCAAAAUAGCUCUGUUAUCCACCCAUCCAUCCAUCUUCUUCCGCCUAUCCGCAGUCAAAGCAGAGAAGCCAAGACUUCUCUCUCCCUAGCUACUUCGUCCAGUACUUCCCGGGGGAUCACGAGGCGUUCCCAGGCCCAGAGGAUGGCGUGGCGUGGCGUGGCGUGGCGUGGUGGGUAGAGUAGCUGUACCAGAAACUUGAAGGUUCCAGGUUCACUCCCAUCCAAAUCACUGCCGUUGUGUCCUUGGGCAAGACACUUCACCCAUGCCCACAGUGCCGCUCAUACUGGUGAGUCGUAGGGGCCGUAGGCGCAAAUUGGCAGCCACGCUUCCGUCCGUCUACCCCAGGGCAGCUGUGGCUACAAAUGUAGCUUACCACCACCGAAGUGUGAAUGUGGAGUGAGCGCUUGGAGUGUCUAGUUGAUAGAAAAGCGCGAUAUAAAUCUAAUUCAUUAUUAGCUGGGAGACAUCGUCUUGCCAACGUGUCCUGGGUCUUCCCCCUGGCCAACUACCGGUUGGAUGUGCCCUAAAAACCUCAGGGGGGCAUUCUGACCAGAUUCCCGAACCACAUCUGGCUCCUUUCAAUGUGGAGGAGCAGUGUCUUUACUCUGAGCUCCUCCCGACCCAACCCAUCUCUAAGGGAGAGCCCCGCCUCCCGACUGAAGAAACCCAUUCGGACCGCUUGUACCCGUGAUUUUUUUGGUUAUAACCCAAAGUUCAUGACCACAGGUGAGGCUAGGAACGUAGAUUGACCUGUAAAUUGAGAGCUUUGCCUACCGGUUCAGCUCCUUCUUUACCGCGACGGACGGGGUCCGCAUCAAUGCAGACGCCACACCGAUCCGCCGGUCGAGCUCACGAUACACUCUUCCAAUACUCGCGAACAAGACCCGAGGUACUUGAAUUCUUCCACCUGGGGCAUUCUGACCAGAUUCCCGAACCACAUCUGGCUCCUUUCAAUGUGGAGGAGCAGUGUCUUUACUCUGAGAUCCUCCCGACCCAACUCAUCUCUAAGGGAGAGCCCCAUCUCCCGACUGAAGAAACCCAUUCGGACCGCUUGUACCCGUGAUUUUUUUGGUUAUAACCCAAAGUUCAUGACCACAGGUGAGGCUAGGAACGUAGAUUGACCUGUAAAUUGAGAGCUUUGCCUACCGGUUCAGCUCCUUCUUUACCGCGACGGACGGGGUCCGCAUCAAUGCAGACGCCACACCGAUCCGCCGGUCGAGCUCACGAUCCACUCUUCCAAUACUCGCGAACAAGACCCUGAGGUACUUGAAUUCUUCCACCUGGGGCAUUCUGACCAGAUUCCCGAACCACAUCUGGCUACUUUCAAUGUGGAGGAGCAGUGUCUUUACUCUGAGCUCCUCCCGACUCAACCCAUCUGUAAGGGAGAGCCCCGCCUCCCGACUGAGGAAACCCAUUUGGACCGCUUGUACCCGUGAUUUUUUUGGUUAUAACCCAAAGUUCAUGACCGUAGGUGAGGCUAGGAACGUAGAUUGACCUGUAAAUUGAGAGCAUUGCCUACCGGUGCAGCUCCGUCUUUACCACGACGGACAGGGUCCGCAUCAAUGCAGACGCCACACCGAUCCGCCGGUCGAGCUCACAAUCCACUCUUCCAAUACUCGCGAACAAGACCCUGAGGUACUUGAAUUCUUCCACCUGGGGCAGGAUCUUGUCCCCAACCCGAAGAUAACACGCUAUCCUUUCCCGGGCGAGAACCAUGGGCUCGGACUUGGAAGUGCUGACUUUCCUCCCCGUUAUGUUCUACAGAGGAUGCUGGUUUUCAGACAAUUAUUUACGGGACUCAUGUUCGAUGCAGUAAGAUUUAGUUUUUAGCAAAGCUAACAUAUUAAGUCCUAAAUGGAAUACUUCACAGUACACUUUGAUAAGUAUAUCGUGCAUGCAAAUUGUACACAAAUAUUGACAGUGCUGUUCCAAAUCGAUUACGGACGGUGUGCACUUACCGGAAAAGACGCAAUACUUCAAUUGCAAUAUUUACCCGCUUCUCCUUCGCUCCUCUCUAGCGGUGAUUUGCAACCACACAAUAUACCUUUUUUCCCAGCAACAUCUAUCCAUCUGCUUCCGCUUAUCUGAGGUCGGGGUCACGGGAAUCCCAGACUUCCCUCUCCCAAGCCAUUUUGUCCAGCUCCUCCCGGGGGAUCCCGAGGAAUUCCCAGGCCAGCCGGGAGACGUAGUCUUCCCAACGUGUCCUGGGUCUUCCCGGUGGCCUCCUACCAGUCGGACAUGCCCUAAACACCUCACUAGGGAGGCAUUCUGGUGGCAUCCUGACCAGAUGCCCGAACCACCUCAUCUGGCUCCUCUCGAUGUGGAGGAGCAGCGGCCUUACUUUGAGCUCCUCCCGGAUGACAGAGCUCCUCACCCUAUCUCUAAGGGAGAGACCCGCCACCCGGCGGAGGAAACUCAUUUCGGCCGCUUGUACCCGUAAUCUUGUCCUUGUCCCAGCAACAUCUCAACUGGACAUAUCAUGGAUUGAUACCGAAUUUGGUACGUUUAAAGGCACCGCUCAAAGUCCGUUGGUAAUACCCGCUACCGAUUCACGUAAAAUCACACAGAACCAUGUUUGGAUACCUUUACUGAGCAUGACAUCACGUCCGGUUGCGACCUUGGCCCCGGCUCGAACCGGACUGCCCAUAGGUAAAUUUACAACUUUCCAUGCUGACAUAACAAGAAGAAGGCUCUCCUUUUCAAAAUGCGCUAGCUCGAUGCUAAUUUACAUUGGAAUUGCCAUAGACCUGCGGAGCAAUUUGACGCGGAGAUUUCACUGCACGUUACAAUCAAACAGCCGGUGUGUAAGAAGUACGAUACUUCGAUUUUAAACACUUUGUAGGCUCAACAAAAUAAAAGAAUGGUACAUUCAACCUAAUGGCAAAGACUACUUCCUUCCUAAAGCAACACACCGCAGUCUAAACACUACUGCCAUCUAACGCCUGGGAAUUGCAACUGCUGUUGAAACUGUUUUCAUUUCGAUGCCCGAACCCUCCACCGUUUGACCAAUUAGAAAGUCAGUGAGUGUGUCACAUCUUGGUUGCCAGUUACACACCUGCCCCUGGUAAAGUUACUAAACAUGUCGGACUUUAGUCCAUCUAAAAGUUACCAUUCUCAACUAAGUAUAAGUAUACAUACAGCAAUGUUAAUAUUUGCUUUCAUGUCCCUGACCCCCUCCAGGCACCUUUUCUUUGAACUGUUUUGUGACCAAAGGCAGCGGCUGUUUACGACCCCCCUCCCUUUAGAACCUGCUGUUGCCAUGUAAUCAGGGAA